AUGAAUAUAAAAAAUUUUGAAAAUAUUAUAAAUAUUUUAAAACAAUUAGAAAAGUUUGUAAAGAGUUUAUCAAAGGAUAACAAAAUUUCAGCAUUCGAAACAUUCAAAAUUUCAGCAUUAGUAGAAAAGCCAAAUUUGUCAAUCGAAUAUUUCGAAAAUUUAUCCAAAUUUCUAUUGGCAGUGAUUUCAGCUAAAAUUGGUAAUAAUUUUAUUCGUAUUGAAGAUAUAGAGCAAGUUUCCGAUACAUUAAGAUGCGAAUUGGGUGAUCAGUUAGAGAAUUUACCAACAUUAAGUUAUGAACGUCUUUAUAUUGAAAUUGUAAAUCAAAUCUGCCAAAUUAGUGGCACCAUUACUGAAAUUAUCGAAGGAACAAAGGCAACUAUUCAAUUUUUAUCAUCUUUCAAAAUUAUUGCCGAUAUCAUAGACAGUAGCGAAAAUAAAUUGUGUCUUUUAGAUUUGUUGUCAUCACCAUUGGAAGACAGAAGAUCAAUAGAAUUUAGUACAAGUUAUGUCUUUAAUAAAGAUUUUAAAGAAAUAGAACAAAGCUUCCAAAAGUUUUCAAAUGAUAAUUGCUUAUCACCAGAUUCAAAGAUCUCUGAAUUAAUCGAUAGUAUCCAAUUGUUAUUAAAUAUAAUAGAUUCAAAAGAUCAAGAAAUAUUAGAGUUUGAUGAAAAUCAAGUCGAGCAUAAUUAUAGUCAUAAUAGCAAUAAUAAUAAUAAUAAUUAUAAUAACAAUAAUAAUGAAAUCAACGAACCAUAUUUUACAAAGAAUAAAAUCGAAAAAUUCCCAGGCCCAUCAUAUGUCUAUAAACCCGAUGAUUCAAGCACCUAUAUUCAAGUUGGUAUUCCACCAGAUCAAUUAAAAAGAGACCAAAAGAUUUGCCAUUUUAUUGUUCCACACUUUUUAAUUUCAAAUGAUGUUUCAUUAUCAGAAGUCGAGUUCCCAAUUUUCUAUAAUAAAUUUGUACAAAAAGGAAAAAACAAAGUUGUAAUUAUUUGUACUACGGAGCAAAAGAAACGUAUCGAAACUAUCCUUUCAGAGUCAAUCUUUGGUCCAGCUCCUCAUCACAUUUAUACAAAAGAAGAGAUUGUUAUACCAAAUUAUGAAAUCGAUGUACUCAAAGAACGUUUGGCCAUUGAUCCAAGAGCUAAUGCCGAAAAGUUGGAAAGCUAUGUUGAAUUUAAAACAUUUAAUGAAGAUAUGUGUGUAACUUUAAAUGUGCCAUCAAUCAGCAGAGAGGGAAUCCUUUUACCAAUUACAGUUAGAAAUACCAAAGGCCUUAUCAGUUUCCAUGAAGGUGACCAUGAACAAAAGAUCAGUGUAAUCGAUUCAACUGUACAGUCUCAAUAUGAUCCUUUAACACCAUACUCAGAUGGCCAUGAACCACUUACAAGAUUUAAAGUUCCAGCAUUAGGUGUAACAUUUUUGGGUGUUAGCCAUGGUUUAGAUUUUAAUUUUGGAUCUCAUACCACCGGUUUUAUCAUUUGGAUAAAUGGUAGUGGUGUUGUCGUAGAUCCACCAGUUGGAAACACUACUUAUCUUCAAGAGAAUGGAAUUUACGGAAAGAAGGUGGAGCAUAUCAUUUUAACUCAUUGCCAUGCAGAUCACGAUUCUGGUAUUCUUCAAAAGAUAAUCGAAAGAAAUAAAGUCACUUUAUAUACUACCAAAACAAUUAACGAGUCCUAUAUGAGAAAAUUAAAGGCUUUAACUGGAACAAAAAAGAAAUAUUUAAGAAGUUAUUAUACAUGGGUACCUGUCACAAUUGGAAAUAAAAUUAAAAUUUUAGGUGCUGAAUUUGAAUUUGAUUAUAGUUUUCAUGUCAUCCCAACAAUUAGAUUUAAACUAGAAAUCUAUGGUAAAAAGAUUAGCUAUUCCGCAGACACAUUUUAUGAUUUGGACAAAUUCAAAGAAUUAAAAGAAAAAGGAGAAUUAUCAGACACAAGAAUUGAAAGAUUAAAGAACUUUGUAUUUGAUGCCGAUAUGAUUAUCCAUGAAAGUGGUGUUGCACCAAUCCAUACACCAAUUACCAAUCUAUUAGCAUUACCAGAGGAUAUCAGGAAAAAAAUUCGUGUGGUUCAUUGUAGUCAUAAUAUAGAUACCAAAGAUCAAAUCGUUAGACCUAAAGAAGGCUUAGAGAAUACAGAAGUUAUCAAGGUUGAUAGAAAGUACAAAGGUAUUUCAGAGUGUAUUCAAAUUCAAAUGGCCUUAAACAAUUGUAAUAUAUUUUCAAAACUUUCACCAUUGGAGGUUCAAAGAAUGUUUUAUCUCUGUAAUAAGAUUUGGGUUAAAAGAAAUGAUGUUAUUAUUAGAAAGAAUGCCUUAUCGGAUUCAUUCUAUAUCAUACUAAGUGGAAAGGUAUUGGUUUAUGAAAAAGAGUGGGAUCUUAUCAAAAAUAGUUCAGAAAAAACACCAUCAAUUAAACUAUGUGCUGGUGAAACUUUGGGUGAAAGUGCUUUGCAACUUGAUAAGUCUAUCAAUGCUUCUGCCACUGUCGUUGCUGAAACUGAUGUUUGUCUAUUGGUUUGGAAGACUAGCGAUCUUAGAAGUGAAUUCCAUUCAUCUCUCUAUCAAUUUAUUCAAAAAGUUCAUAUGGACCUCUCUCAUAUUAAUUCAUGUCGUGAUGCUAUUACCAGAGCAUUCCAACACAAUAUCACUCAGUACAUCAUCAAAGAAGAAGUUGACAGUAUAGCUAACGGUGCUAAAGAUGUUCCAUUUAAAGAUCACGAAACUAUUUUUAAUGAAGGUGACGAAAGUGAUUGUAUGUAUAUUAUCAAGAAAGGUCGUGUUAGAAUUUCAAGUAAAAGGAAUAAAAGUAUUAUAACAAUGUUGGGUGUAGGUGAUUUCUUUGGUGAAACUGCUUAUAAAAGACCUUCAGAUAGCGAUCCAAAUUUAAAAAAUCAUCGUACUUUUACCGCCACCGCUUUGUCUGAUACUGUUUUAUUAAAACUCGAUGGUGAAUCAAUUGUAAAACCAAGAAUUCAAAAUAUUAUAGAACAAAAAGUUAGAAAAAAUACUUGUGAUAAUAUUAAUCGUAACUCACCAAUUUUAAAAACACCAAGAAAAUUGUAUCAAACUCCUUCAUCAUUUGAUUUAGGUUGCUCACUUAGUAAAUAAUAAUAACAGUAUAAUAUAGUAACAGCAGUAAUAAUAGUCAUAAAAUUUAUAUAUUUUAUUAAUAUAUAGUUUAAUUUUGUAAAUAAAAUACUAUUUUAUUUUUUAAAU